CAACUGGGUGGGGCUUAGAUGAUGUCAUCUGAGUAAACAGAAAAGAUGGCGACGCCAUACACGGGAGAUCCGGUUUUAGGGACAAACGGUGUUAUUUCAGAGAGUUUCGCCAAACAGUUUACCGAUUUACCAGCGGAAUUAUUAGAGCAUAUAUUGUGCUUCCCCGUUCUAAACCAUAUCGACAUCUGCAAUGUUUCCUGCACGUGCAAGAGGCUGCAUGACGUAUGCCAUGGCAGAGGAAAGGUCUGGGCGCAUCAGUACAAACUCAGGUGGCCCAGGCUGCAGAGAUUUUAUCAACAAAAUGAGUCAUACGAUUGGCUGAAAGAAUUCAAAACCCGGCACAUGGUUGGUCAACAGAUAAGAAGAACAGUAGAGUCUAUUUCCAAGAGGUUCUUCACAGAAGUUCUACGGUUGGACAGGUAUAUUUAUAUGGUUCUUGGAGACAGCUUUGCGGAAAUCGAGUCUCUUGGAGCUCCAGAACACUUCUGUGAGGAUGAGCUGCUUGGCAUUUUGAACUCGGACAAAAGGAAAUGUUUGACACUUAAGUACUAUGCAAAGAAAAUCCUCUACUUCCUCCGGCAGCAGAACAUUCUGAGGAAUUUGAGGGGUUUCCUUGAGAGACCACCAGAACAACAAUCAGCCCUUGAAGGUGCUGUUUUGGUCGAUCGGUAUUGCAACCCUCUGGCUGAUAUCACUCUUGAGAGCAUAUCUGCACAGAUAGAAGAACUCACUGACAAGGUGAAGAAGUAUCUGCGAGUAAAAAAUGCCACACACCCAAGUCUACGAGCCAGUCAAGGUGACUGCUUUGUUCUGGAAAACCUGGAGUUUGAAAGGCAAGUCAUAUGUGCUCUGAAUGCUGUGCUGUAUGACCAGCUGCAGUACAAGGGCAAUGAGCGGGACUACUACAAUCCACUCAACUCAUACAUACAUCAGGUUCUGCUCCGUCGGACGGGCAUUCCCAUCAGCCUCUCUGUGCUUUACAUGACUCUGGCCAGGAAGUUAGGAGUUCCUCUGGAGCCUGUCAACUUCCCCAACCAUUUCCUGCUCCGCUGGUGCCAAAAUAAAAGGAGGAGCGAGGACAUCUAUGACUAUGUAUACAUCGACACGUUUGGGAAAGGAAAGCAGCUGGCUGCUAAAGAGUGUGAGAAUCUGAUCCGGCACCAGGUGGGAGCAGAUUAUUACAGCGCUAUAAGCACCAGCGAGCUGCUGCUGCGGAUGGUGGGAAACCUGCUGAACAUCGGCAAAAGAGGGGAAGGGAAUGAGAAAUCAUAUCAGCUCCUGCGGGACUCGCUGGAUCUCUACCUCACUAUCAACCCUGAUAAUGUGCAGUAUCUUCUGCUGCAGGCCCGUCUCUACUUCCACCUGGGCAUCUGGCCUGAGAAAGUGUUGGAUAUUCUGCAGCAUAUCCAGGCUCUGGACCCGUCUCAGCACGGAGCGGUCGGGUAUCUGGUGCAGCACACGCUUGAGCACAUCCAGCAUAAGAGGCAUCCCGUAGAGCCGGAGGUGAAGAGGCGCAGCGUGCCGGAGCACAGGGACGUACUGUACUCUGUAGGCCUCAUCAUGAAACAUAAGAGGUCAGGCUACAACUGCGUUAUCUACGGUUGGGACCCUAAAUGCACCAUGAGUCAGGAGUGGAUUAACACUAUGAGGGUCCAUCAGCUGUCUAAGGGGGCCGAUCAGCCAUUCUACAACGUCUUAGUGCAGGAUGGGACAUGUAGAUAUGCUGCGCAAGAGAAUCUUGAACCUCACUCGGCCCCGCUGGAGAUCGCUCACCCUGAGGUCGGCCGCUACUUCACCGAGUUCUCUGACACACAUUACAUCGCUAAUGAAGAGCUCCAGGCGCAUUACCCAGAGGACAUGUGCAAGACCCACAGGACUGUAGAGGAGCUCUACCACGGUCUCAACCCCAACUCAGGGCAGCCCCCGGAGCCCACCGCCAACUUCCAGGACCAUGAUUUGUUAGAUCCGUAGAGAAGAAUGCCACCCCACUAUAGAUGCGUAAUGCCAUUCACUUUCUCCUGAACUGUUACAGCUGUUAAGGGACUGGAUUUGAAGUUUGAAGAACUACUGUAGUUAAAGGAAUAGUUCUCCCAAAAAAGAAAAUUAGCUGAAAAUUUUCUCAAUUGCCUUCCAAGAUGUAGAUGAGUUUGUUUCUUCAUGAGAACAGAUUUGGAGUAAUGUAGCAUUACAUCUCUUGCUCACUAAUAGAUCCUCUGCAGUGAAUGGGACUGGAGAUUUGUGGAUUACUUGUUGAUGAUUGUGAUUGUUUUUAUCAGCUGUUUGGACUCCCCUUCUGACGGCACCCAUUCACUGCAGAGGAUCCGUUGGUGAUCAAGUGAUGCAAUGCUACAUUUCUCCAAAUCUGUUCCGAUGAAGAAACCAACUGAUCUACAUCUUGGAUGGCCUGAUGAUGAACACAUUUCAAUUUUUGGGUGAACAAUUCUUUUAAGACAACGUCCUGGUCCUAGAUUAGUUUUAGGCGCAACUUUGACCCAGAGCUGAAAAUGAAGUCUAAGUUGAAAGAAACUUGUGUUGUAUUUGAGUGGUUGAGUAUAAAUUAUGUGGUUGAGUUACAGUAUUUGUGCAGAUACAAAAUAUACUCUAGAUAGUAUGUGUAUAGAUUAUGUGAAUUUACACUACAGAGGGUCUGAAUAUCUGUGUAUGCGUUGAUAUUCAGCUUCAUGCCCGUUCCUUAUGCCAUCAGUCAUAUCACAUCUCACUGAACUAAUGCACUAAUGUCACAUUUGUUAAUAUGUUAACUAACAUUCACAAAUAUCUAAAGCUGUCACCUUAAAAUAUUUUGUAAUGUUUAUUUCAAAGUUAUAUAUAAAAAAAAAAGAAAAAAAAACCUAGAGAUCAAGGGCUCAUGAAAUGAUUGGCUCAUAGUGGUUGUAAAUACAAAAGUAUUGAGAAUAUAAGCGAAUGAAUCGCAAUAAAAAAUAAGCUGUA